AUGUUAAUCCUAGCGUAUUUACAGGACGGUUGGAAUUACAUAGCAAACACUAACAGUCCUCUGGAUAAGACGGGAGGCGUGUGUGAGGAACUAAGUCCUCCAGCGACGGUGUCCUCACGUCCUCCAGUUUCCAUGGAAUCCGCAAGGACCAUUAACCUCACCUACGACGACCCACCCAGAGCAGCUGUAGAGGAGAGCCCUCUAGAUGUGCCGCCGCAUUUCCACGGCGAUGAACCGGCCGCUGGAGCGACAAUAGACCAAAGAGGUCUGCCGCUCCUUUGUCUUGGGACAGGUCGCGACUUCUUGUGCACUUGCAUGCAGCUGUGUGGUCGAGUGCAUAUCAGGCCUCGAGGCUUCGGUAGUCGUUGA